AUGUCCACAGGGUCUGUGAGUGACACUGAGGAUCUGCUGGAGCUGAGAGUGCUGGAGCUUCAGUAUAGAAAAUCUAAAGGAGGAGUAGGAUGCAGUGACCUUCUGCUGGACCACUCCACUGACAACUCAGAAGAUGGCAUUGCUGAGACCUCCACUGGCAAGAAGAAGAGGGAGUGCAGGAGCCACCAGAGCCCAGACAAGAAGCAAACUCCCAGACCAUCCAAGGAAUGCAAGCAAUCCCAAAGAAAUGCAGCUAAUGCCAGGGAGAGAGCCCGCAUGAGAGUGCUGAGCAAAGCCUUCUCCAGGCUGAAGACCAGCCUGCCCUGGGUACCCCCAGACACCAAGCUCUCCAAACUUGACACCCUGAGACUGGCCUCCAGCUACAUUGCCCACCUUAGGCAGCUGCUGCAGGACGACAGAUAUGACAAUAGCUAUGUGCAUCCUGUCAACCUGACAUGGCCAUUCGUGGUUUCGGGAAGACUGGAAUGUGAUUCCAAAGAAGUUAAUGUAUCCAAUAGGCUUUGUGGGGCCACAGCUUAGAAGAGCCUCUCUCUGUUGUAUCCUAUCACAUUCUCAUGAUUACUAGUUAUUGAUAUCAAGGACUAUAUAGACUGUUAUGUCUCCAAUAUUCUACCAAAGUGUACUUAGGUAUGAGUCCACACCAAUUAAGUGGACAUUUAUAUCAUGUCCUGAAUGCACUCCAUGGAUGAAGGAGAGCCACGUACCUACCGUAUAUACAUUGUGAUGUAUGGAGCAGCGGUGCUCUACA